AUUGGCGAAUAGAUAAAUUGCUUUCGCAAGUGGGUACAUCAUUGUGCGUGCCAUCCAGUUCUUUCACCCAUUCUUUAGGGUUAUUGAGCUGCGCGGUUACAGAGGUCUGCGAUUCCACCUGUUUACUCACCGUCAGGAUGCAAGGAGCAAUUCAGGCAAUCCGAUCACGUGGAAGCUUUCUCAAAAAUGCAGUUCUGCAACACAUCCGUGUAGUGGAUCCAGUGAUGCGGCCUCUUGUAUUUUCACGCUUUGAGUCAGUUUCCCCUGCUCGAUUGGAAGAAAAUGGUUUUGAAACCACCACCAUUUCAGAUAUAUUGAAAGCCAAGGGUAAAGGUGCUGAUGGUUCCUGGCUUUGGUGCACAACAGAUGACACUGUUUAUGAUGCUGUAAAAUCAAUGACACACAACAAUGUUGGAGCAUUGGUGGUGGUGAAACCAGGGGAACAAAAGUCAAUUGCUGGAAUUAUUACAGAGAGAGACUAUCUCAGAAAGAUCAUAGUACAGGGACGAUCAUCCAAGUCGACAAAGGUUGGAGAUAUAAUGACUGAAGAGAACAAGCUCAUCACAGUGACACCCGAAACUAAAGUUCUUCGUGCAAUGCAACUGAUGACAGAAAACCGGAUCAGGCACAUCCCUGUGAUCAAUGACAAGGGUAUGAUAGGCAUGGUGUCCAUCGGAGAUGUUGUUCGGGCAGUGGUUACCGAGCACCGGGAGGAGUUGGACCGCCUUAAUAAAUACAUACAGGGGGGUUACUAAACAUGGGGUAGUGGAUCGUGACAAAUAACCAUGCUGCCGCUGAUGAUGAUGAAGAAAGAUGUAGGACAAGUAACUCUUAUGGUUCCUGGUGCUUUAAAACUGCUGGUGAAUGUUUGUAAAUAGUGUCUUUGCUGCUGCAACCAUGCAUCUUCUUGCCACCAUCUUUUUGAGGUAUAAGGUGGUGAAUAAUAAACGACUAACGUAAUGGAAGCAGGUUGAUGAUCACUUGUCAUUUA